CGUGUAGGAACCCUACUGAGUGCACACCAGCCUCCUUUAGGCAGGUAUCACGGCGGAGGAGAUACAGCAGUGCAUCAAGGAGGACAAUCAGUUAACACCAGUAGUAACAAGCGCGGACCGGAAGUUCUGCGUCCUCGCUGUCCGGGGGAGCCGUUAGGCACGCACGCCGGAAGUGGCCAAUAGGCCGGUGUGAGGCGGUGCCCACUGUGUUCGCGUCCCUCGGGCAGCAGAGCCAUGGAGCCCGGGGCUGCUGAGCUUUACGACCAGGCCCUUCUGGGCAUCCUGCAGCACGUGGGCAAUGUCCAGGACUUUCUGCGCGUGCUCUUCGGCUUUCUUUACCGCAAGACCGACUUCUAUCGCCUGCUGCGCCACCCUUCGGACCGCAUGGGCUUCCCUCCCGGGGCCGCGCAGGCCCUAGUGUUGCAGGUCUUUAAAACCUUUGAUCACAUGGCUCGACAGGAUGAUGAGAAAAGGAAGAAAGAACUUGAAGAGAAAAUCAGAAAAAAGGAAGAAGAGGCCAAAGCUGUGGUAGCUGAUACAGCUGAGAAAGAAGCCGUGCCAGUCCCAGUGCAGGAGGUAGAGAUUGAUGCUACUGCAGAGUUGAGUGGACCUCAGGAAGUAGAAAAGGUGGAGCCCCCAGGCCCCCAGGGCUCCGAGCACAAGGUCUGUGGCUUGGUGAAGGCAGAAGCUCCAGAAGCAGUUAGCACUGCUGCUGAAGGCCCUAAGGAACCCCCUGUGCUCCCCAGGAUUCAGGAGCAAUUCCAGAAAAAUCCCGACAGUUACAAUGGUGCCAUCCGUGAGAAUUAUACCUGGUCUCAAGACUACACUGACCUGGAGGUCAGGGUGCCAGUGCCCAAGCAUGUAGUGAAGGGGAAGCAGGUCUCUGUGGCCCUUAGCAGUGGCUCCAUCCGAGUGGCCAUGUUGGAAGAAAAUGGAGAGCGAGUCCUCAUGGAAGGGAAGCUCACCCACAAGAUCAACACUGAGAGUUCCCUCUGGAGCCUUGAGCCGGGCAGGUGUGUUCUGGUGAAUCUGAGCAAGGUUGGCGAGUACUGGUGGAGUGCGAUCCUGGAGGGAGAAGAGCCCAUCGACAUUGACAAGAUCAACAAAGAGCGCUCCAUGGCCACCGUGGAUGAGGAAGAGCAGGCAGUCCUGGACAGACUCACCUUUGACUACCACCAGAAACUGCAGGGCAAGCCCCAGAGCCAUGAGCUGAAAGUCCAUGAGAUGCUGAAGAAGGGGUGGGAUGCUGAAGGCUCUCCCUUCCGAGGCCAGCGAUUCGACCCAGCCAUGUUCAACAUCUCCCCAGGGGCUGUGCAGUUUUAAUGUGACCGGAAGUAAAAGGAAACCCUCACCAUUGGGGAGGUGGAGACCUUGUCCCCCUUACUCCCUGCAUGCCAGGGACUCACUCCUCCUCAUCAAUCCUAGCUGUUUUUUCUUUCAUGAUGAAGCAGGCCUUCCACACUGACCUUCCACCUUCAGAUUAUUCUAGAGAAGGUGCAGGGCCAGCUGUUGCCUGGCAUUCUCUGUGGCCAGCACUAAAUGAAGGUGUUUGAAAUGCAGGAGGGACAUGUCCCAGCAAACUGGGAGCACACAUUCUGUCUCCGCAGCAACCAGCCACUGCAGGCAGCAUUUCCUUCCUCCCCUGUUCUUUCUGCUUGCUGUUGUUUUGACGCUAUUCUGCUUGCUUGUCUUCUGGUUGGGGAUAAGGAGUGGCUGGGCUCAGAAAAAGCUAAGUUGAACCGGGUGGAGCCAGGUACCUGCAUGAGGGCGAACGGGCCAUGGCUGUGGAGCUGCUUCUGGGACUGUUAUGGGACCCCCUUACUUGUUGGCCUCUUUCUCUCUCUCUCUCUCUCUCUCUCUCUCUCUCUCUCUCUCUUUCUCCAUGUACAUGUGUGUGUGUGCACGCGCGCAUGUGUGUAUGCACGCAUAUGUCUUGCUCAUCUCUUUGUGAAUACACUUGGCCUGCCUCAGUAUUAUGGGCAGAACAGCAGAAACUGGGGUCUGUUUGCCUGUUUGAGAUGUUGGGGAAAAGUUUGAGGUUCUGGCCCGGGUGUGGCAAGGAUCCUGUCUGCCCUCUGACUUCAGCUGCUUUGCUUUGGUUCUUGUUGAAGUGAACUGAGCCUAGCCACCACUCCUUGCACCCACAAGACCUCCUCUUCAGGUGUGCUGCACUGAAGCCUGGGUACCUUCAGGAAGAGAUCACAGCAUGUUGGUAGUUCAUUGGUACAUUGCGUCAAGCAUACUUCCUAAGCAGCUUUGACCUUGAAGGAUGCCUCAGGAAGAAAAUAUUAUCCACCAACUUGAAGACAACUACAGUUGAGUCCAAGAAAUUGAAGAUUCCCCUAAGUCAACCACCAAACUGCUCCCUGGAGCUCAGAGCCUGUGUGGCCCCUGAUUACCUCCAGUCAGGGUGUGAAGACCUGACCAAGGGACAGGGACCCAGGUGUCCCAACCCUUACACAGGGCCUUCUCUAUGCCUGUUGCUGCCUGGCAUCUCUAUUUGCCUGGCUCCCAAUCUUGGUGUGUGUGCAUCACACCACAGAUUUCAGUACUCUGGUAACCAACCAUGCAACCAGCAAGAAUUAAGACCCUUUGAAGCCAAGGCAGCCUGCUCUCUGGAAAUAUCCCUGCACUGAGUGCCAGUUACACAUGCUUUGGAGGAGCCAUUGUAAGAGCAAGUUGUAGGACUACUUAUUUUAAGAAGCUUUCCAUCAACUGUGUAGACAGGAGCUGCUUCAUUGUAGUCACUUGAGGGAUUUCUGAUUUACUUCUUAAAAGUCCAUAUUGGGAGUUAAUCUGUGGGCCUAGAUAGACCACUGUGGUGGUCAAAGGAGAGCAGUGGACCCCAAAUGCCCACUCUGGAGUGUGACCUUGUGAUUGGACAUUCGUCACCACGUUUAUAAAUUCUCCCUAAAGAGGCCACCCUCGGCGUGCAGAAUCUGUCACGUUCAGAGGAUCCCCAGGACACUUUGCUAUUUGUUUCUGAAGUUUCCAUCAAGGUCCUAGGCUUUGCACAUCCCUAUCCCAUGCAAGCUGACCCACCUAAUGAAGGAAGUCUCAUGCGGUGUUUGUGUCUCCAGUCUUCUCUGUGGUCCUAGUUGGCUUCCUCUCAGCCCUCUUCCUGUGGGUAGUCUUCCAGAAGGAAUAACGAAGUGGGAGAGCCCUGCAUCUUCUUUGGGACAAUGUUUCUGUGGCAACUUGUCUUCCUUUGGCAUGGUUUUAUUUUUUGUGUUGCAUUUUUUUCCUUUGUCCCUGCCUUGUUUCAGCAAACAAGCCUGUGCAGAAAAAGCAGCCUGGGGGAUAGUUUUGGGUGUGGGCCAUGUGGCAGGAACCUGAGCUCUCUGACUGAUCCCUGUGGUUUGUUGUGCUUGGUGUGGUGGUGGCUACUGUACCUACAUGUCUUCAUCACAGUGGGGCUCAAUCCCAGCCAGUCAAGUAGAUAGUUCUUUGCCCUGACGCACUGCCCUGGCUCGCCCAGCCUCUGAAGUUGGCACAUUGCCUGUUUUCUCUUUUUAGACACGACAGCCACAGUUGGGUCUCUAAGUCCCACCAGCUGAGGUCUGAGGAAGGCAGGGUGACUGCGUCCCCUUUGUCCAAAGACCCAGAGAGUGGGUGUCCAGCCUGCAAAGCUGCUCUGGCUCCUCGGUGUUGGUUUGCAAUAAAUCUGUAUUUAAGCA